CUCCCUUCUCGGCUGUGUGAUCGCUCUUCAGACGCGCUUAUUGUCAGGACGUAGCGGUAACACAAGGCGAGACGAGGCUGACGGGGCUGAUGGUGUUACUGACUGGACAUGAGCAGAGUUAGGAGCGCGCGGAGGGUCCAGGGGAGCGGGAACAUGUGGAUCCCAGCGCCAGUCGGAGGUUCAGUCCGCCGUCCAACAGCCUCCAGCCGGUCCCAGGGAAGAUGAACGAUGUGAGCUCUCCAGCCGGGCAGCCGGACGCAGCGGCGGCGGUGCCAAGACUGCGUCCCCACGAAAACCGCAGCAUGGCCGAGAUCAUCGCGGACCACCCGGCCGAGUUGGUCCGCACCGACAGCCCCAACUUUCUGUGCUCGGUGCUGCCGUCACACUGGCGCUGCAACAAGACGCUGCCUGUCGCCUUUAAGGUGGUCGCACUGGGAGACAUACCUGAUGGCACCGUCGUCACGGUGAUGGCGGGCAACGAUGAGAACUACUCGGCCGAGCUGCGGAACGCUUCAGGUGUGAUGAAGAACCAGGUAGCACGUUUCAACGACCUUCGCUUCGUGGGCCGCAGUGGCAGAGGCAAGAGCUUCACGCUGACAAUCACAGUAUUCACCAACCCACCACAAGUGGCCACUUACCACCGAGCCAUAAAGGUCACCGUGGACGGACCGCGUGAGCCCAGGAGACAUCGUCAGAAACUCGAAGACCCUCCAAAAACAGGUCUGUUCUCAGAUCGUCUCAGUGAGCUCGAGAGGAUGAGGGUGAGGGUGACGGUUCCAACUCAGGGACCCCGGCCGACUCUCAACACAGCAGCCAACUCCUUCAAUCCGCAGGGACAGACGCAGAUAACGGACCCUCGUCAGUCCCAGUCCUCUCCUCCCUGGUCGUAUGAACAGACGUACCCGUCCUACCUGAGUCCCAUGGCGUCCCCCUCAGUCCACUCCACCACCCCCCUCUCCUCCAGCCGAGGCACGGGCCUGCCUGCCAUCAGUGACGUGCCUCGUCGAUUGCCAGGUUCGUCUGACCUGAGCCCGUUCCCUGGUCAGUUUGAGCGCCAAUUCCCUGGCCUCUCCUCCCUCACAGAGACUCGCUUCUCCGGCCCUCGCAUGCACUACCCGGCCACCUUCACCUACUCCCCGCCUGUCACCUCCGCCAUGUCUCUCGGGAGCGCCCACUACCACACCUACCUGCCCCCUCCUUACCCGGGCUCCACCCAGAGUCAGAGUGGACCCUUCCAGACCAGCAGCACACCUUAUCUCUACUACGGCGCCUCGUCUGGCUCCUACCAGUUCUCCAUGGUUCCUGGCGGGGACCGCUCGCCCUCCAGGAUGAUCCCGCCUUGCACUAGCGCCUCCACGGGCACCUCGCUGGUGAACCCCAACCUGCCCAGCCAGACAGAGGGAGGGGUGGAUGGAGACGGGAGCCACAGUAACUCCCCGACUGUUCUUAACCCUGGAGGCCGCAUGGAUGAAGCUGUCUGGAGGCCAUAUUGAAGAAAAUGAACGGGGCGGAGACUGGAAGUCAACUGAUGUCAUGGUUUGAAAGCACAAGACCUUUUUUUAAAAAGUAAAGGGGAUUUUUGAGCUCUCAUCAGCUAUCUCUGCCUUUUGUUGGAAAUUAAGGCAGAGAUGAUAAAAAAAAAAAAGACAGGACUCGUAUGGGCUUGUCUUCCUGGAAUGUGUUUUGACCACGGCACUACAAAGGGAGCGAUUUCUCACAGCAAUAAUGAGAGACGUUUUAACAAGGCUGCUGUGGAUGAGACAUUAUCUCCUUUUAUUCUAAUCCACAGGCUAAGGGAUGCUUCAAUCAUCUUUGUAAAAGACUGCCUCUUUUGUAUAGUGUUUGUAUUUCAAUAAGGCUUUUUGCAGAGCAUGUUUUUGUACUACGACAAUAUCAAGAUGCAAGUUAGGCACUGAGUAGCAAGUGAGGAGAGUAACAAAUGUUACCAUGAGUGGUAUGGACAGUAAAUUUGCUUUAAACCAAUUAAUUUAACUUGUAUAUUGUGGGUGAAACGUUGAUGUAGAUUGAGGCGUUUUUCUUCGUUUAACUUAUAAAGCCAUAAAUUAUGUAUUGUAUUUGAAACUUGAGUCAAAGAAGUGUAAUCUGAAUAUUUUUGAUGCAUCUAUAAGUUAAAAUGUUCUUGUUUUUGAUAGGUAAUUUAAGAGAGUGAGAGGUUUAAUUUUGUUGUUGUCGUACCCAAAGAUUUAAAUGGUUUUGAAUAUGAAAUGUAAUUUCCAAAGAGUAUUGCAACAUGUUUCUUCUGGUGUAACUUUCAGUUUAACUGCUCCGCACGUUAAGAGCUCAACAUCCUCGCUAGGCGUUGACACACAUUUGGCUGGGAAUGAAACCUUUGGUAUUUAUUGAGCAAUAACUCGUAUUGUGCCUCUUGGCAACAUACCAUAAAAGAGAGCUUCAUUGGGAGAAAAUAAUUAUCCGUCAGGGAAAAUCUGCUUGAUUUUUUCACUUCGUCUAGUCUGACAUGCACACAGAUACAUGUGUGUUUUCUCCUCCAAAUAAGUAAAGAGUCCAUUUAUGCACGAACUGACAUGCAGCCCAAAGAUGAUUAUGGCGGAGCCACGCCUGUUUGUGCUCUAAGCAUGCUUAAGAGCAGCAGGUCAGACUUUAGGGCUCACUUAUUUUAUAAUUUAUCAACUCCUCAGGCCGGGAAUAAUCCCUGGAUGAUCCUACAGAUUAGUUAAAUCUGAGUCUCUUCAUAUCCAGUCAGUCUGAAUGCUCUGUCAAGAUUAUAGGGGAAAACUGCCAAGUCUAGCUUCAUAUAGUGUGCAAAAGAUAGCUUUGAAAAAGUGUCUUUGUGUGAGGCACACACGGGUACUUUUGUUUGUUUCUCUUCAAUCUCUGAGAUUGAAAAGGAAAAAUCACAGUUAAAGACAGAACAGACUGUGACAUUCCUUCAGACGUUUAUUUAUUUUCCAUUUUUUGCCUUUUGUUGACUGGCUUUUCCAAAUAGAUUUGUAUCGUCUUCUUUUCAGUGUUACGCUCUAAAAUGGUUCUGUGGCACCAGUGUGGCGGGGAGGUCUGAUAUUUUGAUGUGAGAAGUGUCGGAGUAGAGGGAAAAAAGUGCAAAAAAGGGAGGUGAUUGGAUGCAGCUGCUGGCAGCAAAACUGGCAACCAAAAAAUAUGGGAGACUUGUGUAUGUUUGUUUCAUAAAGCACUUAUUUCUUGUUUUAUUUCUAGCAGCACUUGCGGCCGGCUGCCAGCAGGGCUAGUGGUUUUGGUCCUCAGUGUCGACAUAACGCCACUGAAGAAUGGAUAACACUUGGCCAAACAAGAAAUUUUCAUUGGAGUUGAAUCUGAUCUCACAAGGCAGUUGGUAUUUGUUUGAAAAAAGUCAUUUUUGGUACAAUAUGAUCUCCAGUGCAUGUAGGUAAUAUAAUAACUCAAUUUGAAAAAGCUGAGAAAAACACAGUCCUGUCCAAGGAUCAGACUUCAGGCUUUUCAUUGAAGGUUUGCACGCAGUGCCUCUCUCUCUCUCCUCCUCGUGUCUGCAGAAGAUGUUCUGAUCCCGCUUAAUACAAGUGAACAUGUCGCACUACAUUUCCCCAUAAGCUUCGGCCCAAAGUAAAAAGUCUCUUUGCUCUUACAGAGAAACAAAAUAGAGCAAUAAAAGCUUUGAGAUUAUUGUCAUUUUAUAGCUGUUUUCCAAUUACAGAUUUAAUCCGUGCUCCACAGCAACUAUGCACAUCUGUUGGACUUUAUUUAAUCUGCUUCUUUGUCUACAACUUCUAAACAGGAAAUGGUCUUUGAAAACUGUUUACACAUCAACGCAGCACUGACAUCCCACUUUGUCCUCUCCUGCUUUUGUUUUUGUUGUUCUUUUUUUUUUCUCUCAAGAAAACAGGAGGUUCAACCUCCUCCUUUCUCUACUUUGUUGCGUCCAAACUGUCAACCAGAAAUGUUGUUUUAUUAUUUAAUGAUCCACAUGUAUCAUACCUGACCCUGCUCUUAUGUAAAGUUUACUUUUUAUGUCUAUUUUUAGUCUUCUUCUCUCAUGAAAUCUUGUCAGGAAGUUGAAUCUUAUGGAGAUUUUGCUGGUACGUUUCAUAAAAAUCAUGUUUUUUUUUA